GAUCUCGCGAUGCUACAGAUUAUUUAAGUGUAAGUUUGACUCCGGACAGUAAAGGCAUCGGUUUGCUGGUGGGCAAGUAAGAUAGCGGCCCUUUGGGUGAGCUAAUCUGAGAACUGGACAAAACUGAUCAAAAAUGACCAGGGGAAAUCAGCGUGAACUUGCUCGUCAGAAAAAUGCCAAGAAGCAAAGUGAUAUGCAAAAGGGCAAGAGAAAUGACGAUGGUUUAUCUGCUGCAGCCAGAAAGCAGAGAGAUGCAGAAAUAAUGCAACAGAAGCAAAAGAAAGCCAAUGAAAAAACAGAAUCUAAAGCCAAAUAGAAGACAUCAACAAACCCCUCAGACGAUCCCAAGCUUUUGCUGUCGGUGUUAUUAGUCCAUUUGUUUUUGUGGUUUAGAUUCAACAGUACCAUUGUACUUUGAUUUAUUUUUUUUGUAUUUGACUAAACUGAUUGGACAUUUACGUCACUGUGUACAGGUCUUACCAGGUCUUCACAAACCCCAUCUUGCAAUCACAUAUUCUUGUAUUUUUCUAUCUCAUUCCUUUACUCAAAACGGUUGAAUAAACUGUAGCUCAAA